GCAGGUCUUUGUAGAAAAUACUUUGGGUAAGAACAUACUGGUUUAACAACGUUAGUCACGGCACAUUUACUUAUAUAUUUAUUCUUUUGAAAGGCUUUCUGUAAACUUUGAACAUAAAUACAAACACAGCAGUUACUCAUAGGAAAACAGAUCAUUGCACUCCAUCAAAAGACAAAGCAAUGAGGGAUCUGCGGGUUCAUCAAUGACAGAGAUCAGCUUUUCGGAUCAGCUCUUCACAUCUCCAGCAGGAGUCCACUGGGAAGUACAGAAACCAUCUGCAUCCUGAGCAUUUCAAUCAAAUCUGCACGUGAGAUAUUUACUACAAGGUCUUCUUUGACUCUGCGCGGUAUUAUCAGUGAUCAGGAAGCUCAGAUCAUGACUGUAACACAGAUGAAAUUUUGAUUACCAGAUGCUGCCUAGUGACAAGAGAUUGCAAGUUCUGCCCUGAGUGCGUUGCUCCGUGAUGCAGGAAGGCUGAGAGAGCUGAGACUGAAGAGAAAUUGCGGUAAUUGUUCAACCAGCUUGAAUAUUGCAGUGCAGUAUUGGAGCGAUCAUCAUGAAAGGAUAUAUUGAAUAUUCCUGUGGGAGAGCGGCUUUAGAAAAGGCUUAUUCUUCAUAAAUCACAUCUGAUGUGUUUCCUUUGCCUCUGCCACACAGGGCACGAUUUCUUCCCUGUACCUGGACAUAAGGAAGUCGGAGGCUGGGUGAACCAUUUCUCCCAUCAAUUCACUGAGUUUGAUAUUUUAUACUGAAAUUUUCCAAGUUACUCUUGAGAUUUUCCCAACAGGGAAAAUCAUUCCUAUUAAAUUACAAAUUAAGUCCCCGGAAUCAUUUAGUGACUUUCAAAAUCACAGCUUCACUGCUGUAAAAUCAGUAAUGGUUUCACUCAGUUGGGUGCAUCAGUUCCUUAUACAGCACAUAUUUUUCUUACCUGGAAAAGUAAAUGUGGUGUGUUUCCCUCACUGGGCUGAAAUUCUUGACAGCAGAUUUGCCUCACAAUAUAUCAUAAAACACAAUGAAAAAAAUCUGAAUUAUGAAAGAUAACAGAAAAAACUGGACAGACUAAUGGGUUUGAAUCUUGUAUAUAUACUAAAUAUUCCUAAAGCAAUGCAGAUGCCUACAUCAGAUAGUAAUUGUAUGCUGCUAAGAUGACAACAUGUUUCCAGUGCCUGCUUAUGGGAUUUAAUUCCCUAGUUUUCUAGGCAGAACAGUUUCAAACGGUCAGUUGUGCAUCCACAUUGUGUACAGUAAUCCUCUGCAAGUAGCAAUCAUUCAGGAAUGCCUUUAGAUAGGCAUAAAACAGAUUUGUUUUAAUGGUUGAAUCCAGUCACUGCAGGAGGCUUCCCUCAGAGCUGCAUCAUUUCGUCAGAUGGAUAAUGCAAUUUACAGAAACUAUAAAUGCUUUAUGAUAUCCCUGCUUUGGGAAGAGGUGGAUUUGUUUAUAGUCUGUCAUAAUCAUAACAGACUAGUGCUUGUUUCCAACAUCGCAACCUGUAAACCAGAGGGACUUCUUCAGAAAAAAAGAAAGCAGGGCAGCUUUUGCUGGCUGAAAAUGAACAAACUGCAUCAAAAUUUAUUCCUAUGUCACAUUUUUUCAUUUUUAAAAUACAACUGUAGUUAUAGUCAGACAAAUGUAGAAUUAAUAACUGUAAAGCAGUAUUCAUGGCCUUGUAGGUCUGGGGAUGUUUUUCAGCACCCAGCCAUGAUCUACUUCAAUGCCAGCUACAAAAAUCAGGUAAUGUUCAUGUUGUUCUUAUACGUACUGGCAGAUCAAGAUUGUUGGAGUUGAUGCUACUUCUAUUAAAAGUUUAUCACUAGCAAAAAAAAAAGCUUUUUGACUUUUCCUUACAUGAAUAGCCCCCAUUGGCUCGAACCAGGAUAAUUUACAUUGUAUUUGUUUUGGUGGAUUGAUGCUGAUAAAAUUAAAGCCAAAGUUAAACUUUAAGAGGAAUUUCUAUGAAUAGAAUGUGCUGAGUUUGUGCACAAGCAAGAGAAAGAGAAGAGCAAGUAGAAAACCUUUGGAGAAUGAGAAAGAAUAUCAAAAAUCCAGUCUCAUGAUGCUAAACGUGCACCAGCUAUUGAACAGCAUAAUAAUAAUAAAAAGUUCAUGCAAAAGGUAAUGCUAGAUGGGAAAACAGAGCAACAAGGAGAAAUAUAAAGCAUUUUUCUUCAUGUGGUCUUGCUACACAGCGAGAACUCACUCUUAUUCUAUGAAACUACAACACUAGGAGAAACGGAGAGCAGUCAAAGUAAAGAGAGCUUUAAGGAAUUCCAGCAUGCUGUGCUUAUGUUUUAUGCACAGCAAUUAUUUUUCUACAUCACCCUCCAUUUCCCAUUUUCUAUGACUAUUUACUUUGGUUGAUCUGAUGAAGCAAAAUUCUCAAAAAAAUACUCUGAUAUCAAUUGUGUGGUGGACAUGAAAAGAAAAAGGGACAUACAAGGGAUGUACAAGUUGUGUGUAACAGCCCAGGAUGCAUUGCAGUGAGCCCAGGAUAAUCUCUACUGCAUCUUCCUGGUGUUGCAGCCACCAAAGUGGUGGUUUUUCUUCUGUUUAUUCCUCUGUUGCUCUUUGAUAAAUAUCCUAAUCUUGACUGCUCCAGAUGUUUGCCUUGCCCGUGAGGUAGGAUAUCAGAUGAAAUGCUUGUUUCAAUGUUAGAAAUUGAAUUCAGGUUGUCCACUGUUGAUCAUUCUAGCUGGACUCCAGAAAUACCUUCUCUCCUUCAAGAGCUCAGUAGACACAUUCCAGAGUUGAAGGUCUUCGCUUAUAGAACUGAGGCAAUGAGCACUAUGGUGACAAACCUUGACCAAACCCCUGAAGAAGGUCUCAUCUUCAGUCAAUGCCAUUUAUCUACUAAACAGACCAAACCAAUAUCACUACAUGAUUUACUUGUUGUCUGAGUAUGGAUAAGGAAAAAAACUUUGCUUUGCAGCAUUGUGGAAUUAUAAUAAGUUGAUAAAUUAUCUCACCAGAAUGUCGUAUAUUCUCUCGUCCUGCAAUUAAUCUUGUAAUAGAGCAAACAAUGACAUAGAAUUAAUCAACCACCGUGUCAAAAAAAGACUGUGAUGGAAAGAUGAACCCAGCUAAAAUUAAUUUUUUGAGCGACAGCUUGAAGCUCAAACAAGUGGAAAACAUGGUGCAAAUUGUACCUUGCUUCAAGAAAGGGAUUUUAAUGAGAAAUGCAAUGGCAUAGCAAUACUAAUCAGUUACAAAAACACAGCCCUCCUCGGACCACUGAGUGAUAUCCUCCCAUUCCUGCACAUUCCUUUCUCUCAGAUAACACCGUGGAAGGAAGAAAAAUUCUGCAUCACUCCCUCAGAGCAAGCUGCAGAGAUGAAGAGCAUCGGAGGGAGCAGCUGAGUGGGUUUGUGUUUCUGUGCUAAUAACUGAGGCAACGUCCUUUGGCAAAGGCAGUAUGAUCACUGAUAAUAGAAACUGAUUGAACUUUCCAUGCCUGCCCUGUUUCUUACUAGACAUAAGAUAAACAGAAAAUGUCCUGUGAGCUACAUUCGUGUCUGUCACACACUGACAGCUGUCAGGGAAGAAGAGAAAUCCUCAUGUUGGCAUCACUCUGCAGCUGCAGACAGGACGAGAAUCAGGGAAAUUGCAUGAAUGUCAGCUGGUACUCAGCCCCUUCAGCCUCAAUUCCUGGCUAUAAUACAGCAAAUAUCAUCACCUUCUUAUAUUUCGGAUGUUCAGCUUUACGCGUUUGACUUUUUUUUUUUACAGAGCUAGGAAGUCUUCUGGGCUACUUAUUUCCUUGAACUGUCAGAGAGACUCAGGUAGACUUUCCCAAGGAUACAUGCUUUCCUGUAUUGCCAGGGCUGAUGGAAGCCAAGGAGCAGCCUGAUUACUCCUCCCACAGACCCCUGGCUGAAGGAAAAUUAACCCUCUGGCUGCAGCUGUAUUUCAUCUUGAAUGACAGACAGGAAGGGAGGGGAAAUCCCAGCCAUUUUUCAUGUGCUGCUUUCAGUGAUUUUUUUUCAUGCAUGCAAUUGGAAGACAAAUAACUGUCCCUUAUCCACCCAAGGAGAGAUGUGCUCUCCAGAUGUCCUCAGGACUUAAACAGAAGUUUAUGUAGAGCAGUGGCCAGCUACGCUUGGCUCCAGAGGAAGAGGAAGCUGAUAAAUGAAGGCAACAUUCUGGGAAACCUGCUCCAGUGUUGGCUUCAGCUGCUGUCGUUGAGGUAGACUGGAAUGUUCUGCGCUGACAAAAGAGAGAUUUCUGCACCUUUGCAUGUUGAGAAACAGCAAUUAUAAAAACAUGCAUCGAAGGCACACAACCCUUCGGGAGAAGGGCCGCAGGCAGGCCAUCCGAGGCCCAGCCUACAUGUUCAAUGAGAAGGGCACCAGCCUGACUGCAGAGGAGGAACGCUUUCUUGAUUCUGCAGAAUAUGGCAACAUUCCAGUCGUGCGAAAAAUGCUGGAGGAGUCCAAAACCUUGAACUUUAAUUGCGUUGAUUACAUGGGACAGAAUGCCCUACAGUUAGCUGUAGGGAAUGAGCAUUUGGAAGUGACGGAGCUCCUCCUCAAAAAGGAGAAUCUAGCUCGAGUUGGGGAUGCGCUGUUGUUAGCCAUCAGCAAAGGAUACGUGCGCAUAGUGGAAGCAAUAUUGAACCAUCCCGCCUUUGCACAGGGGCAGCGUCUCACACUCAGUCCCCUUGAGCAGGAACUGAGAGAUGACGAUUUUUACGCCUACGAUGAAGAUGGAACUAGGUUUUCCCAUGACAUUACCCCUAUCAUACUUGCAGCCCACUGCCAGGAGUACGAAAUUGUUCACAUCUUACUUCUAAAAGGUGCACGGAUUGAAAGGCCACAUGACUAUUUUUGCAAGUGCAAUGAAUGUAUUGAGAAGCAGAGGAAAGACUCCUUUAGUCACUCUCGAUCGAGAAUGAAUGCCUACAAAGGAUUAGCCAGUGCUGCUUACUUGUCUCUUUCCAGCGAAGACCCCGUCCUUACUGCUUUAGAAUUAAGCAAUGAAUUGGCCAGACUAGCCAACAUUGAAACUGAAUUUAAGAACGACUACAGGAAGCUAUCUAUGCAAUGCAAGGACUUUGUAGUGGGGGUUCUGGACCUGUGCAGAGACACUGAAGAAGUAGAAGCAAUUCUGAAUGGAGAUGUGAACAUACAUCUGUUCCCUGAGCAUCACCGGCCAAGCCUGAGCAGAAUUAAACUGGCGAUUAAGUAUGAGGUCAAAAAGUUUGUUGCUCACCCUAACUGCCAGCAGCAGCUGCUCACCAUGUGGUAUGAAAACCUCUCAGGCUUACGACAGCAAUCCAUAGCUGUGAAGUUCCUGGCUGUCUUUGGGGUUUCCAUAGGCCUGCCCUUCCUUGCCAUAGCCUACUGGAUUGCUCCCUGCAGCAAGUUGGGACGGACCCUCCGAAGUCCUUUCAUGAAGUUUGUGGCACACGCUGUUUCUUUCACAAUCUUCCUUGGACUGUUAGUAGUGAACGCUUCGGAUCGGUUUGAAGGAGUAAAAAAUCUUCCCAACGAAACCAUCACAGAUCAUCCCAAACAAAUAUUUAGAGUCAAAACAACUCAGUUCUCGUGGACAGAAUUGCUGAUCAUGAAGUGGGUAUUGGGCAUGAUAUGGUCAGAGUGUAAGGAGAUCUGGGAAGAGGGCCCACGAGAGUACGUGGUACAUCUCUGGAACCUUCUGGACUUUGGGAUGCUGUCCAUCUUUGUGGCGUCGUUCACUGCCAGGUUCAUGGCUUUCCUCAAAGCGACCGAAGCACAACAGUACGUCGAUCAGUACGUUCAAGAUGAUGACCUCAAUAAUGUCACCCUUCCCCCUGAAGUUGCUUACUUUACUUACGCCAGGAACAAGUGGCUUCCCUCGGAUCCUCAGAUCAUUUCAGAAGGACUGUAUGCAAUAGCUGUGGUACUCAGCUUCUCCCGCAUUGCUUACAUUCUUCCAGCCAACGAAAGCUUCGGGCCCCUGCAGAUCUCUUUGGGAAGGACUGUGAAGGAUAUCUUCAAGUUCAUGGUCAUCUUCAUCAUGGUGUUCCUGGCCUUCAUGAUUGGAAUGUUCAACCUUUACUCUUACUACCUUGGUGCAAAAUACAACCCUGCAUUUACAACGGUAGAAGAAAGUUUUAAAACCUUAUUCUGGUCAAUAUUUGGCUUAUCUGAAGUGAUAUCCGUGGUGCUGAAGUACGAUCAUAAAUUCAUUGAGAAUAUUGGAUAUGUACUCUAUGGAGUAUACAACGUGACCAUGGUGGUGGUGCUGCUUAAUAUGCUAAUAGCCAUGAUAAACAACUCUUAUCAGGAAAUUGAGGAGGAUGCAGAUGUGGAGUGGAAGUUUGCACGUGCCAAGCUCUGGCUAUCCUACUUUGAUGAAGGAAGGACUUUACCUGCUCCCUUUAAUCUAGUGCCAAGCCCUAAAUCAUUUUAUUAUCUCAUACUGAGAAUAAAAAUGUGCCUCAUAAAACUCUGCAAAUCUAAGGCCAAAAACUGUGAAAAUGAUCUUGAGAUGGGAAUGCUGAACUCCAAACAACGGAAGGUUCGUUUUCAGUCUGGCAGUCUGCAUUCAGAAAACUUUUCAGUGAAGAAUGCUUAUAACAAGCCCACAAGAUACCAGAAAAUAAUGAAACGCCUGAUUAAGCGCUACGUGCUGAAGGCUCAGGUGGACCGAGAAAAUGAUGAAGUCAAUGAAGGAGAACUUAAAGAGAUUAAGCAAGAUAUUUCUAGUCUCCGAUAUGAACUCCUGGAGGAGAAGUCCCAGGCUACUGGUGAGCUGGCAAGACUUAUACAGCAACUGAGUGACAAAUUCGGGAAGAACUUAAAUAAGGACAUUUGAGGGUGAGCACGGAGGAAAGCAACUGGUGUUCUAAACAUUAUUCAGUCUCAACCAGCAUCUUAAGAGGACAAAAACAGCGCAAAAAAUGGGGACCAGGCACUCAUCUUCUACGAAUUGGCAGUGUCAGUUGGAGCACUUUGCAUUACUCCUGUGUUUGGUGAAUUUCCAGUUAAAUCUUUUAUGACACAAAAUAACUUACUGGUAAAAGCAUACGCCCUUCAAUAUCAGAAACAAAUGAACUGUAGGGAACGCACCUUUUAAAGGCAAAAAAGCCAGAUCUUCAUCCACCUGUCUGCAGUGAACUGUGCUCAUUUACCUUAACUCUGUUGACCAGGAGUUGGUGAAGGCUGAAGGAAAAACAUGCCAAGCAUAUUCCUUGAGAAUUUAAAAGAAUCCUGUCCUUGGGUGUGUACUCUCCUUUUAUGUUUACAUGGGCAUCCACAGAGGUAACUUUGAACAGCAUGGUGGUUAAUGAAAAGCAUAUGAGAAAUUGUCUGCUGAAAGGCCAGUUGUCAGAUACUUUUCAGAUUGGAUGAGAGAGUUGGAACCAUGAACAAAACUUGUUGGGUAAAAGGUCCUUCAUCCCUUUGCUGGAACCUAAUAAAGGGAUUCCAAGCCAAAAACUCCUUUCUGCCUUUUCCAGCUGUUUUAGCCAACCCACUAACAGCUAUGGUCCCUUCAAACAUAUACCAAGCCUCUCUUUUGUCCAUAGAUGAUCCCAGCUACAACAACAGCGUACAGAAAUAUUCAGUGAAAAUCCACAGCAGAAGUAACAUAUUUUGUGCUUAUGUGUUCAGGACAAGGAACAGCACUAAUGGAUGACAGCAACUCAACUCUGCUGCUCUGCUUUUGGGUUCCAGAGUUCAAACAGCAAGCCAUAGCAUGAGGUAAACUAUGAAAAACAUACCCCAGGAGCUUCAAAUCUUUGAAACCGUAGGAAAAGGCUUCAUUUCCAAUGAGGACAUGGUGACAAAUAAGAAAUAAAAAGAAGAAUGAAUUGUUGAAGAGAUGAUUGUUCUGAGUUGUGUUUGGCUCUUCAGGAGGUCCUGGAAGGAAUUAAAACCAGUUC